AAGAAGCCGUCCUUCAGCUAAAUGACUUUUCAGUUUUCCACUUUCAGUUUUUUGAUUAUUUGAAAAAGUACCACAAAGAAAAAACUUGUAAUUUUAUACAUUUUGUGUUAAUUCUAGUUUAAUUAGUGUAGUCUUUGAUACAACUGUUAAUCCGUCGUAAUUAUAUACAAAGGAACCAUGCCACAUUACAAGGUUAAAGUUAAAUGGGGCAAGGAAGCCUAUCAAGUGGACCUCAAUACCGAUGAAACCCCAGAGGUUUUCAAGCUCCAACUUUUUAGCCUUACAGGAGUACUACCCGAGAGGCAGAAAGUAAUGCUCAAAGGGGUUACACUCAAGGAUGAUGACUGGAGUAAUUUUAAACUAAAAGAUAAUAUAACCUUGUUAUUAAUGGGUAGCAAGGAAGAAGAUGUUCCCAAAGAGCCUGUUGAAAAGACUGUUUUUGUAGAAGAUAUGAACGAAAGCGAAUUAGCUACAGCAUUGGACCUACCUGCGGGCCUUAAUAAUUUAGGUAAUACAUGCUAUAUGAACGCAACUGUUCAGUGCCUAAAAACUGUUCCCAUAUUAAGGGAUGCUUUACAAAAUUUCCAAGAAGGUGUUGCUGUUGCUGGUGGAGUGAUUCCGGCUCAAUCAAUAACGGCGGCUUUGAGAGAUUUAUAUGCUACCAUGGACAAGGGUCAUACAGUUCCUCCUAUAGUACUAUUACAAGUGCUUCAUAUGGCAUUCCCAAGAUUUGCUGAAAAAAAUACCAAUGGAGGUUUUGCUCAGCAAGACGCUAACGAGUUUUGGACAGAAUUGGUGAGAAUGCUUCAACAAAAAUUAACUGCACAAACUAAUCCAAGUUCGUCUAGUCAAGCACAAUUUAAAUCAAUAGUUGAUCAGUACUUUGGGGGUACUUUUGAUGUAGAAAUGAAAUGUGUUGAAGCUGAAGACGAGCCAGUGUCAAAGAGUAAAGAGCAAUUUUUGCAAUUGAGUUGUUUUAUGUCCCCCGAGGUCAGAUAUAUGCAUUUGGGCUUAAAAAGUAAAAUGCAAGAACAGAUAACCAAAAAAUCUCUUACACUAGAUAGGGACGCAACAUAUACAAAAACGUCAAAGAUCAGUAGAUUACCGGCAUAUUUGACUAUACAGUUUGUUAGGUUCUUUUAUAAAGAAAAGAGUGCGAUUAAUGCUAAAGUUCUGCGUGACGUCAAGUUUCCCAUGGUCUUUGACGCGUACGAUUUGUGUACUCCUGAGUUGCAAGAAAAACUGGCACCGGCUAGAAGCAAAUUCAAGGAACUGGAAGAUGCAUUAGUCGAGGCCAGUGCAAAGGAUAACAUUAAAGGAGACGGCAAACAAAAGGAAGAAAAAGAGAAGAAAUAUGCUCCUUAUUCUUUUGAAGAUGAUCUGGGCAGCAAUAACAGUGGUUAUUACACACUCCAAGCAGUUUUAACCCAUAAAGGUAGAUCUUCUUCAAGUGGCCAUUAUGUCGGAUGGGUAAGAAUUUCUGGGGAAAAAUGGGUAAAAUGUGAUGAUGACACAGUCACUCCUGUUACUGAAGAGGAAAUUUUGAAAUUGUCAGGAGGAGGUGAUUGGCAUUGUGCCUAUGUUCUUCUUUACGGACCACGCCUUCUAGAAUUAUCAGAAUUAACCGAAAAAAUGAUAACUGAAUAAUUUAUACCUUUUUACUUCAACAAUUAAAGAAAAAAUUGUCAAGAUUAACUUUAAUAUAUGUGUA